UGUAUAUGGAAGCAAGGUCAGCUGUUGCUGGUUAGGGCAUUUCAGCAUGCAAACACAAGGCAAAGGCACAGCAGCUUCAAAAUAUCUCCGUCUUUCCUGGAGUAAAAGAAAAUGAUUUUGAUAGGCAGUUCUCUUAUUAAACCAAAUGGGGUGAUACAUGUUUGAUAUAAUAUAUGGCAAGACAAAGCAGCAGUUCUCCCUAGAACUACGCAAACUACCAGCCAAUUGUUUUGGCCCCAGGAGAAAGAUCUACACAAAAAGUGCCUCUGGAUUUUUACUCUACUUAAGAAAAAAUCAUUACAAGAACUUGUGGACAUGCAAUGAAGCUGAAUGUUGGAAGAUUCAGGACAGACAAAAGAAAGUACUUCUUCGCACAGUGCACAGUUAAACUGUGGAUUUCACUCCCACAAAUGCUAGGAUUUUGGUUCGUCCUUAGAAUGGCCCAGACACAGCUUAUUUGAAAAUGAAGACGUUCUCAUGGAAUUUCAGUUUGCUGUUACUCCUAUUAUUAUCAAAUGGACACUACAUGAAACAGUCUAAACUCAAAAACUCUCCUAGACGGCACCCACGUUCUACAGAAGGGGGAGAGGAAGGGAAAAAGUGUGGCUACACAUUCAUUGUCCCUGAACAAAAGAUAACAGGACCAAUUUGUGUCAACGCCAGAGGACCAGGGGCAGAGAACAAAAAAGAUGAAGUUACGAGGAUGGACAUUGAGAAUCUGAAAGAUGUAUUAUCCAAACAAAAGAGAGAGAUUGAUCUCUUGCAGCUAGUGGUGGAUGUGGAUGGGAAUAUAGUAAAUGAAGUAAAACUGUUGAGAAAAGAGAGCCGUAACAUGAAUUCCCGGGUUACGCAGCUCUAUAUGCAACUUCUGCAUGAGAUAAUCCGCAAACGGGAUAAUUCACUUGAGCUUUCCCAGCUGGAAAACAAAAUCCUCAAUGUCACAACUGAAAUGUUAAAAAUGGCAACAAGGUACAGAGACCUUGAAGUUAAAUAUGCAGCACUAACUGAUCUUGUGAAUAAUCAAUCACUCAUCAUCUCACUGUUGGAAGAACAAUGUUUGCGGAUAUUAACACAGCAAGACACACAUGGCUCUCCACCUUUAGUUCAGGUAGUACCUCACCACAUUCCUAACAGCCAACAAUACACUCCUGGACUUCUGGGAAGUAAUGAAAUUCAAAGAGAUCCAGGCUAUCCUAGAGAAAGCGAUGUAAGGCCACCGCCUGAUCAAGCUACUUCUCCUACAAAAAGCCCUUUCAAGAUUCCACCAUUAACUUUGAUCAAUGAAGGCCCAUUUAAAGAUUGUCAACAAGCAAAACAAGCCGGCUACUCAAGCAGUGGGAUUUAUAUGAUCAAGCCUGAACACAGCCAUGGCCCAAUGCAGUUGUGGUGUGAGAACAGCCUUGAUCCUGGGGGCUGGACAGUCAUACAAAAAAGAACAGAUGGUUCUGUGAACUUCUUCACAAACUGGGACAAUUACAAGAAAGGCUUUGGAAACAUUGCUGGAGAAUAUUGGCUGGGACUGGAAAAUAUUUACUUGCUUUCCAAUCAGGACAAUUACAGACUUCUGAUUGAAUUAGAAGACUGGAGUAAUAAGAAAGUCUAUGCAGAGUAUAGCAGUUUCCGACUGGAGCCAGAAAGUGAAUUCUAUAGAUUGUGUUUGGGCACUUACCAGGGGAACGCUGGUGACUCCAUGGUAUGGCACAAUGGGAAACAAUUUACAACACUGGACCGAGACAGAGAUAUGUACACAGGAAACUGUGCCCAUUUUCACAAAGGAGGUUGGUGGUACAAUGCCUGUGCUCAUUCUAAUCUCAAUGGAGUGUGGUACAGAGGAGGACAUUACAGAAGCAAGCAUCAAGACGGGAUUUUUUGGGCUGAGUAUAGAGGUGGAUCGUAUUCACUAAAAGCAGUUCAGAUGAUGAUCAGACCCAUUGACUGAGACACUUAAAAACAUUUUUAAAUCCUUCUCUUGAGCUUCAGACAGAUGUUACAUUUCAAGUUUUGCAAGCCCAUCAAAGUAAUCUUUUAAACAUUUCUUACUGUGAUACUGUAUGUUAAUUAAACAAGUUCUAAAUGUUCACAAAGGAAGCAAGAGUCUGCAUUUAAAAAAAUUGUGAAUACAAGAUGUAUGGACUUUAAUGGCAGGCUGCAAGAGAACACUGUGGAUGUAGAAUGGUUGAACUUUGAAACUGAAGUACGAGAUGCUAUUGCUGUGAGAAGUGUGCAAAUCAACUCAUUUUCACAGAUUUCAAAGAUUACUUCCUGUGGAAAUCUAAUUUUGAGAUGUGGACGCACAAUGACUCACAAAGAAUGCAUUGGAGAGAAGCUCUGGUUCUGCAAGCAAAUGUUGCAUCAAAUAAAACAU